AUGGAAUUCUCGCACCUACCUUCAGACUACUUUGUCACAUCUACUCAGUUCACCAAAACAACAUAUCGUGAUGUCUAUCCAGCAAUCGAUCCAGAAUCUGACCCUCUUAAUCAGAAAGGGCGGGUGGUAUUAAUUACGGGAGCCAGUCACGGCAUUGGACGUCAUGCGAUUGCUAAAGCGUUUGCCAAAGCAGCUGCACGUGCUAUUAUCCUUGUAGGAAGGGACGGCGCUGGGCUCCGAGAAGCAGCCACGGAACUCCACGACAUAGAUCCGGAUGUUGAGAUAAGAAUAGAGGAAGUCAAUAUUUGCGAACAAGGUUCUGUCACGGCCAUGUUUGAUCGAGUCGGUAAAGAGUAUGGCGCCGUUGACGUUCUGGUCAACAAUGCCGGCUCAGGCGAGUCCCCAUUGCCUUUGAGGGACGUGGACCCUGCUAGUUUCUGGUACAAUUUCGAAGUUAUGGUCAAGGGGACCUUUCUUGUUACGCAGCAGUUUCUACAGCUUAACGGACAAGAAAAAAAAGCGAUUAUUAUCACCGUCGCCAGUGCAGCCGCAUUAAACGCGACGCCAGGCCUGUCAAGUUAUUCACUUUCAAAGCUUGUCCAAAUCCAAUUUCAGCGCUUUGUCACUGCAGAGAACCCUAACAUCGCAGCUGUCAGUUUACACCCAGGGAUUGUAAUGACUAGGAUGACGCCGCCGGCUUUUGCCCCAUUCACCAAAGAUACCUUUGAAUUGGUCGGGGGUGCUGCUGUAUGGCUUGCUUCUAAACAGGCAGAUUUUAUGAAUGGGAGGUAUUUUUCUGUGAACUGGUCUGUUGACGAGAUAUUGCAGCGAAAGGAUGAAAUUAUGUCUCAGGGUCUCUUACAGAUUGGGUUGCAGGGGAAGUUUGGCGCAGAUCAGUUCAUUGCCUAG